AUGAUAUCUUGUUACAUCCUUUUCUUUUUUGUAGUUUUUAGUUACAGUGAAAUUUAUAAUGGAUGGUGGAUGAAGCAUCUCAAUUCUGGUCUGUAGUUUAGUUUAAAAAAAUGGCUCAAGUAAUUACUUCGCGGUUUCUCAAAGAUGAAACACAGCAGUUUGAUUUAGAAACCAUCUUUGUUUUAAGUUUGAAUAAUCGAGGUAUAUUCGACCUUGGUUGCAUAGGAGAAUGCGCUAAUCUUGUUUAUUUGGAUCUGUCAUCAAACAAACUGUCCAGUGUCAUGGCGCUUCGAAAACUAACUUGCUUGGAAAGCUUAGAUGUUUCGUCGAACCGACUUGCGGCACUGUCUGGCUUGGAACGCCUCGAAUCGUUAUCACGUUUAAACAUUUCAGGCAAUUUCCUAAACAGUGUUGACACUGUACUCCCCUUGACAAAAUUGGACAAAUUGAAAACGCUGAUUUUAAAAGACGAUAAAAAGAAUUUGACAAACCCGCUUUACGCGUCCAACUGUGAUGCAUCAAAACAGAUUGUGGAACUUUUACCUUGGCUUGAAAUUAUUAACGGUGAACCACAACUUGGCGAAGUUAAAGAACUCAACAGAAUAUGUAGUGAAAUGGAUGUCUGCUCAUCUAAAUAUAACCAUUCAGUUUCCAAGCAGUUACUCGAUUGGAAAGCCUCAACAUUUGAAGAGCCUUCAUUUGUUCGUCUUGGAUUUGAACGAAACGGCGCGUACGAAAAAGCAGAAGAGAUUGCUAACAACUGUGGAAAACGAAGCAUGGAGGCUCACAAAAUAUUAGAAGAGAUGCGUGCAUUUGUGUUUGACACGUGACUUGACGGACAAAAUGGUGUCGUUCAUGUAGUGUGUAUAUAUUUGUAUAUGAGGAACUAUUUAUUUUUUGAUGAAAUUUAAAAAGAAACUUGAUUUUUUGAGCAA